GUGGCAGCCGGGAAGCGGAGCGCAGAGGCCGCCGGGACGCGAUUCAGCUCCUGCCCCGAGGCCGGCCCGCGUCCCGUCAGGCGCCGCGCGGGGUCGGUGCGGGGUCAGCAGCGGCGGCUUAGAGGCCGCGGCGGACGCAGGGCAGGAUGUACACGCUGCUGUCCGGCCUGUACAAGUACAUGUUUCAGAAGGACGAGUACUGCAUCCUGAUCCUGGGCCUGGACAAUGCUGGGAAGACGACCUUCCUGGAGCAGUCGAAAACCCGGUUUAACAAGAACUACAAGGGGAUGAGUCUAUCCAAGAUCACCACCACCGUGGGUCUCAACAUCGGCACUGUGGAUGUGGGAAAGGCUCGCCUCAUGUUCUGGGACUUAGGAGGCCAGGAAGAGCUGCAGUCUUUGUGGGACAAGUAUUAUGCAGAGUGUCACGGUGUCAUCUAUGUCAUUGACUCCACGGACGAGGAGAGGCUGGCAGAGUCCAAGCAGGCGUUCGAAAAGGUGGUGACCAGUGAGGCGCUGUGCGGUGUCCCCGUCUUGGUGCUGGCCAACAAGCAGGAUGUGGAGACGAGCCUCUCCAUCCCUGACAUCAAGACGGCCUUCAGCGACUGCUCGGGCAAGAUUGGCAGGCGGGACUGCCUGACCCAGGCCUGCUCCGCCCUCACGGGCAAGGGGGUGCGUGAGGGCAUCGAGUGGAUGGUGAAGUGCGUCGUGCGAAACCUGCACCGGCCGCCCCGGCAGAGGGACAUCACGUAGGCACCGCCCGCCGCCUGCCUGCCGUGGGGACGCUGGUCCCCUGGUCCCCGGUGCUGGAGGAGUGGUUCCUGUUGGCUCCCGUGCUGCUCAUCUGGGGGGUGGGUUUACUUUGCUUUGGGGUUCCUCUGUUGCUUUGUUUUCUCGAAGACAAACUUUCCUCUGUGUCUGGAGAAGCAGAGGCUUCGGUGGGGAGCCAGGCAGCCUGGCUAGCCCAGGCCCUCUGGCGCCCCUUCCACGGGGUGCAGCUGCUGCCCUCCUAGGCCCAUUCUGGGGGGUCUGAGGGAGACCUGGUUGGGAGUUGGGGCUCCAGUGCUUAGGCUUGCUUGGGCUGUGUGGGGACAGCUCCGUGGGGCCUCUGGGAGAUCCUGUAGCUGCCUGUCCAGCCCAUCAAGGAAGAGGUCGGUGAGGCCAUGGCUGCCCUCUGGCUUCUGCCCCCUGUGACCUGAGAGGUGGUCUGGGGCUGAACUUGCCUUGAGGAAGACCCAGGCCAUGUCCUCAAAGGCCAGUGGGGCCCUGGGUUCAGAUGCAGCCUCAGGACAGGGCUGAGGAGGCCUGCCUGGCUUUACCUCAUCUUAACUCCCCUGGAGGAAGCUUACUGAUGCAAACAGCUGAGGGGUCCUGCUGGGAGUGUUUUGUGCCCCACACCUGCACGCUGGGGAGUGUUUGUGGGGUCCAGAGCCCUCCUCCAGCCAGGUGACGCUGUGCCCUGGGCCCCCCUGGCGUGGGCUGGGGGGUUCUCUGUGGGGCCCCGAAUCAGUGCUGUGCUGGGCCUGCAUCCUGUUUGGGGGUGAGGCUGGUCCUGGGGCCCUCCCUGCACAGCCCCCACAGGGCCCGCCGAUUGUUCUGCUCUUCCCCAGUGGGCUGAAGCUGGGUGUGGGCAGGAGCUGCCUGCCCAGUGCUGUCCAGGGUGAGCACAAAAUAAAGACGGCGAGACUGGC